UUUUGUGGUUACAGCGACAAUGCGUUUCAGUUGCAUUUUGGGCCUUUUAGCAAUGUGCCUCGUUGCUAAGGCAGCUGAACCGGAUUGCACAAAGAAAUGGCCAGUACUUUGGCCACCUUGUCUUUUUAUUUGCCAACAUGGAAGUUGGGGGCUUCAUUCUUGGCCAACAUUUACCCUCGAGCAUAAGCCGAACGGAACGUCUUGCAGGAGACAUUUGGGCUUGAGCCGUGGAGUAUGCUUGAAUGGAAGAUGUGUAAAGCCUAUGGCUAAUAUGACAUCGUCGCUUCUUGAAUAAACAUGCAUAACAGGGGAAAGCUUUCAAGGUGUUUCUGAGAAGCGGCCCAAGUGACUUUACAUAACUCUUUGUUUAAAAAUCU